GGGUCAGGAGACGUCACUUCCGGCCCGGGCUGUCAGCCUGGUUUCCCUGGUGACGUCGCACAGUGCCGGGUGCCGUAAAGCGAGGGGUGUCAUGGCGGAGCUGCACCCCCGCACCGGGAAGCUGGUUACCCUGAGCAACGGCAACCGGACGGCGACCCGGAAACAACCGGCGCAGGAAUUCAACCAGGGCCUCGUGCUGAGCGCCUCCCCGCUGGGCCCCGGGGAGCGCUACACCGUCCGCCUCGACAGGAAGAUGAACUCAUGGAGUGGUUCUAUGGAGAUAGGUUUGACGACCCAGGACCCGUCUCUCUUGGAUUUUCCAAGCAGUGCCACAGGUUUGAAGGGUGGAUCUUGGAUUGUUUCUGGAUGCUCGGUGCUGGAAGAUGGUCGGUCCAUUCUUGAAGAUUAUGGUCAAGACCUGGACCAGUUGGGAGAGGGAGACCGUGUAGGGGUUCAGCGUACUGUUUCAGGGGAACUCCAUCUAUGGGUAAAUGGCAGAGACUGUGGUACUGCAGCAUGUGGGAUACCACCUCUUGUGUGGGCUGUCGUAGAUCUUUAUGGAAAGUGUACCCAGAUUACAGUCCUGUCUUGUCAGCCACCUCCUGAGGAUGACGACGAUGAGUCUGAAGAACUGGAAGGAGGUUCCCUUUUGUCUAUUGGCCAUUCUCGUCCUGAUAAAUUCCCCAACAGCCUUGACACUGAGAACGGUUUUCCCAGCACUGAGCUUUCAACAGUGGUCAGUAACGCCAUUCUGUCAGCCUAUCACGGGAGUCUCUUAAAUGUGAGCCUUGGCUCCCCUCCCCCAGCUGCCGAACAUUCUCCCCCCACAUCAAAUGAUGCUUUACUUUUCCAUGAAAAGUGUGGGACCCUCAUCAAGCUCAGCAACGGAAACAAAACAGCGGAAAGGAGGAGACCACUUGAUGAGUUCAACAAUGGUGUGGUGAUGACCAACAGGCCCCUGAGGGACUGCGAGAUGUUCGAGAUACGGAUUGACAAGUUGGUUGAUAAAUGGUCAGGGUCUAUAGAGAUUGGAGUCACCACCCACAACCCCAAUAGUCUGGAAUAUCCUGCCACCAUGACCAACCUGCGCUCAGAUUCUUCUUUGAGUAACCCCUUCGCUCCGCUCCCCGCAGGUACCAUCAUGAUGAGUGGAUGUGGCAUAUUGACCAAUGGGAAAGGAACGCGUAGGGAGUACUGUGAGUUCAGCUUGGAUGAGUUACAGGAGGGCGAUCACAUUGGGCUUACCAGGAAAGCUAGUGGAGCUCUUCAUUUCUAUAUCAAUGGCAUGGACCAGGGUGUCGCCUCCUGUCAGACGCCUCCUGUGGUUUAUGGAGUAGUUGAUCUCUAUGGCAUGGCGGUAAAAGUGACAAUCGUUCACAAUCAUAACCACGCUGACCGACUGCGAAGAAAUAAUGCUAUCCUGCGUGCUCGGUCACCAGACGCAGGGCGGCAGAACUCCACCACACCUGAACCCGGGCAGCUUCUCUUCCACACAAACUGCGGCCAGAAAGCCUUGAUUAUUAAUGGGGGUCGCACAGCACUCCGGCCACACGCCACCGAUGAUUUUAACCACGGUGUUGUUCUCAGUAAUCGGCCCCUGCACAAUAACGAGGUUUUCCAGGUCCGCAUUGACAAGAUGGUAGAUAAGUGGGCAGGAUCUAUCGAGAUUGGUGUUACCACCCAUAACCCAGCCUAUCUCCAGCUCCCCUCCACCAUGACCAACCUCCGCUCAGGUACCUGGAUGAUGACUGGAAAUGGCGUGAUGCACAAUGGCACCACUAUCCUUGACGAGUAUGGACACAAUCUGGACCGGCUGAAGGCAGGUGACUCUGUAGGGGUUGUACGACGUGAUGAUGGUUCCCUAAACUUCUUUGUAAAUGGGGUUGCUCAGGGUGUUGCAGCAUGGAACGUACCCCCUAAUGUGUUUGCUGUGGUGGAUCUGUAUGGACAGGCUGCCCAGGCCACCAUUCUAGACGAGGCUGAAAGUCUCCCUCUCCCUGGCGAUGAAGAAGAGGCUCUCGCCCUGACUCCUGGGACUCCCUGUGCCCUGCAAUCACUGUCUGACCUUCGUUUCCACCACCUCCAUGGCAGCAACGCUCUGAUUACCAAUGGUGGCCGCACUGCCCUGAGGAAUAAUUCUCGCAGCGAAUUCAAUGAUGCUAUUGUAAUGUCCAAUCGACCUCUGAGGGAUGGAGAAUUGUUUGAGAUUGUUAUCCAGAAGAUGGUAGAUCGCUGGUCUGGGUCCAUAGAGGCUGGAGUCACUGCGAUUCGUCCCGAGGACCUUGAAUUCCCAAACACCAUGACUGACAUUGAUUAUGACACCUGGAUGCUGAGAGGCUUGCUGUCUGACUCUACAUCUCCCCCCAGUGGUACGGCAAUAAUGCAGGAUGGAAAUACACUGAGAAAUAAUUACGGCUGUGACCUGGACUCCUUGGGAGCUGGGUCAAGGAUCGGAAUGAUGAGAACGGCAAGGGGAGAUUUACAUUACUACAUCAAUGGCGAAGAUCAAGGAGCAGCGUGCACAGGACUGCCCCCUGGAAGAGAGGUGUACGCUGUAAUAGACCUGUACGGGCAAUGUGUCCAGGUGUCGCUGACGGGAGGAAGUGGUAUGAUCGAUAACAGCCUGUCAGUGAGUCACGUGACUGAUAAAUCAUUCCCCACUCCUUCUCCAGUCCCCAGUGUCUCGCAUAGGUUUCACUCUGUUUGUGGCAAAAACAUAUCUGUUCUUUGUGACGGAACGCGAGCCGAGCGUUGUGCUGGAUACAGUGAUGGCAUUGUUUUCAGCAGCAGUGAACUGCUCGCCAAUGAGGUGUUUGAGGUCAGGAUAGAGCGAUUGGAUCCUCACUGGUCAGGAUCCUGUCAUGUUGGAGUCACUUCUCUCCCUCCACACGAUGCUCCAUUUCUGGCUGGCGGGCUUCCAUCUCAUGCUCUAGACCUGCGUUCUCAGGUUACAUGGUUGGUGUCUGGGUCAGAAGUCACAAGGAAUGGCCAACGUCUUCGGGAAAACUACUGCAGUAAUCUGGAAAGGAUUCGGGUUGGUUGCAGGCUGGGAAUCCGCCGUGACAGUGACGAUACUUUACAUAUCCUUAUUAACGGAGAGGACAUGGGUCCUGCAGCAUGUGGAAUCUCCAAGGCUGUGUACGCCGUGCUUGACCUCCAUGGAAGUGUCACCGCAGUCUCUACCGUUAGCUCCUCUGUACUAGAAGAAUGUGACGUCACCAAACCACCCUCUGUGACAUCGGAAAGCGAGGAAGAGGAGGAAGCAGAGCAAGCUGUUGACCUUCAGCCUCAUUUCCAGCCUCAGACUUUGCACUUUAUGGAUAACCAUGGGAAGAACAUUCUCCUUUUACACGGAAAUCGCACAGCUACACGGGUUUCCAGCUACAACCAAGGAAUUGUGGUUCUGGCUCAGCCACUGCCUCGCCUUUUCCUUUUCCAGGUCAGGAUAGAUCAGCUCUCCCCCCGCUGGACAUCGUCCCUCUCACUUGGAGUAAUCGGCGUUUCACCGGAGAGGCUGAACUUUCCAGCCACGGCUGCUGCAAUAAAGAGGAGUUCCUGGAUCUUCCAGCGGAGUGCAGUGCUAUAUAAUGGGGCAAAGAUUCGAGAGGGUUAUGGACCAAACCUAGACCUUUGCCCUGAGGGAACAUGUCUUGGUCUUUUGUUGGACUCAACUGGUGGACUUCACCUCUAUGUAAAUGGGCUGGACCAGGGAGUGGGCGCUCAAGAUCUGCCAGACACAUGUUAUGUACUUCUGGACCUAUACGGGCAAUGCGAGCAGCUUUCUAUUGUAACUGGGGAAGUGCAGGGAGCUGAAUCUGACACCCAUGAGGGGCAGCUCCCGGGAGAGAGAGAGAAGGCCGAUAUGGUGGACGGAGUGAAGGAAAGUCUCUGUCGACUCCCCCCAGACACUCUUGCUCUUCUGAGCUGCGAAUAUCUGUCUCUCUGCACGCGAUUUAAGGAUCUACUACUUCUCCCAGAAGGAUAUUUCGUGGAGGAUUCCAAGCUGUGCGUGUGUCAUUGUGACUCGUGCCACAAACUUCGUGGAGAUGAGAUAUACAAGAAGAGAGGUGACCCCCCUCGAGAUUACGCAGAGCCCAGUGGCUGGUGCAGCUUCCCUCUUAGGCUCAGCCCACGAUUGUCUUGUCCGCAGUAUAAAAAGUGGCACAUAGCAUAUCAGGGGAGUAGUGUCCCAAGUGUGCGUAGGACUCUGGACCGAGGAGAUUUGCUUCCAGGUUGCUCCUCCAUACUCACAACGGUGCCACUAAAAACCGACCCACAGAAUGGCUUCUCUGCAGCAGAACCCAACGUAAUGCAGAGUCGAGAGUUACAGAGCGUGGUCCUGUCCCCGACACUAAGAUAUGCCGGACUCUUGGAAUUUUGCCCAAAAUUACAGUUCCGAGACCCUCGCUCUCAGAGGAUAUUGGGUGCCCAGGUUGCAUUUCAAGUUUGUGUACAGCCUGGGUCCUAUACGGUGGGCCCUCCUUCUGCUAGCCCUGCAGAUCAUAUGGACCCCAGAAUUCCAGUUUCAGAAACAGAAUGGUUGACCAAGGAAAAAGGUGCCACCAUCCUGAGGAGCCUCCUAGUUCGAGUGGAAUGAACUUCAGAUCUGCUCUUUUUAUUCUGCUGCCUCCACACACUAUUGGAUCUGUGCCACAUUGGGCAAGGGGAGAGUCUGUUACACCCCUUUUUAAUAACCAUCUCAACCUUCUUUGUCUUUUGCCUUCACACACAGCUCUUACUGGUCUUUACUGUUCUUCUGGGUCUUCCUCAGCAAUCAUCUUUUUAACCUCUUCUUCCUUCUCCUAAAUCAAAUCUUCUAAAACCCUCUCCCUUCCCCCCAACACAUUGCUUCUAAGACCUGGUUUGCUAAACUAUUGCUCCUCCUAACCUCCAUCUUCUGACACUUGGUUGCUAAGGCCAGAGUUUUGGUUCCAACAAGCCUGUUCUUGUGAACCUAUCUUCCUUCCCAUAACUCCAAUCUUCUAAAGCCUCUUUCAUUCCUGUAACCUUCCUCUUCCUUCCUAUUAAUUUAUUGAAAGAUGAAACAUUCUGGGGGAGUUUCUUGAAAUGUGAACAGGGAUAUUUGGCUCCUUGGUUAAUUGGGGCCACCCCCUUUCCAGACAUUUUAUUUAAGCUGCUGUUUAUUUUUUUUUUUUCUUGAU